AACGACAAACAUUCUAGUUAUUCUUAUCUUGGCAGCUUAACUAUGGAGAAAAUGGUUUUUCGAUAUCAAAAGCUAAUGAGACCUAGUUCGGAACAUUGUUGUGUGCCGUCGUGCAUUGUGUCGGCAAGAUACAACUCGACUGUGAGUUUUCAUUCAUUUCCCGUGGAAGAGGCUCUCAGAAAAAAAUGGAUCGUUAAGAUCAGGAGGGAUGACGUCCAAGUCAACAAAAACACAAAGGUGUGUAGCAUUCAUUUCAAACCUGAUGACUUUAUGGAAGGGACUAGUCUGAGACGUCUGAAAAGAGGUGUUUUUCCUACACUGUUUGAGUGGAACCGUUACCAAGUGCAGCCGCCGAGGUCGAGUGUUUGGGAACGGCGAGACACCGCUGCCCCCUGAUCCUGACUCGGACGUAGAGCAAGAUAUGGACUUUGACGUGGAGAAGUCUGGACACGAUUAUUGUUCAGUUCCCGAAGCUGCAGCUGUGGACAUGGUAUUACAUGAAAAUGAGGAGUUGACGAGGGAGAUAGAAGAUCUACGGAAGCAGUUGGACCAGACCAAGAUCAUACUUCGCUUUGGUCUCCAGAGAUUUGCUGGGUCCGAUGAGGACAUACGCUUUUAUACAAGAUUUGCAACCUAUAAUCACCUGAUGGCCUUCUGGGAACUGAUUGAACCGGCAACGCACAGAAUGAUUCGUGUCACCAACUCCAAAGUCACCAAGGAAGCUGGAAACACUCGGGCAUUUCCUGCAAUAGACGAGUUCUUCCUGUUCAUGAUGCAUCUUGCUUUGGGCCUCAAGCAAAAGGACCUUGGUCAUCGCUUCCAUGUACAUCAGGCCACUGUGAGCCACAUCAUAACAUCAUAACAACCUGGGCCAACUUCCUGUACUUCCUGUACUUUGUCCUGGGGUGAAUCACUCCAUGCGACUCAGCCAGAAGCCCCUACAGCCAUGGGUCAUACUUACAGCAUGUGGGGAAGUGGAGAGCGCUCACUGCACUUGUAUGGCUGGCGUGGCAGAGAAGUGCGCACAUGUGGCAGCCCUCCUGUACAAGAUCGAUGCAUCUGUGCGUCUGCGGGGAAAUGUAACUCCAACAGAUGCUGAAGCGUACUGGGUGAUGCCCCCAAACAUAACCAAAGUGCGGGGAGUGCCUGGCCAUACUAUUGACUUUACAACAAGCUCAGCCCGAAAAAAUGCACUUGAUCGGGCAGUCUGUGGAGACACGAGCACAGCAGCCAAGAUCCGGACCCGCUCAGGUGGCACAUGUUUGCCGCAGAAGACACUUGCCAAUUUAAAACCCCUCACAGAACUCAUGCAUGCACACAGGUCCGGACUGUGCUCUGUAAUGGAGGAAUUCUGCCACCUCUAUGCUGACCCCAUUCGGCCAUGUGUCCUGCCUAAGUCACUGCUGCGUCUUCGCGACCCACGAAUGGAUGGCUGUGAAUUGUCGGUCCUGCUUCAACACUGUGAGGGCCUGAGAAACCUUGUGGCAGUGACAGCCACAGAGGCAGCUGCACUGGAAAAGAACACAAGACAGCAGCACAGGUCUGACAUAUGGCACAGCACACGGGCUGGAAGGAUAACCGCCUCCAUCAUACACGCUGUUGUCUCCACCUCAAUAACCAGACCAGCAAAGUCAACUGUGGAGAAGGUGUGCUAUCCACAGAAACAUUCACUGAGAAAGACUGACAAUUGCCCAGAGGCUAUUAAAUGGGGGAGAGAAAAAGAGGAUACGGCAAGGUUCUCCUACAUCACACAGACGGAGCUGCGGCACAGGGACAUGAAAGUGGAAGACUGUGGAUUCAUAAUCAACCCUUCUUUCCCUGAAAUAUGUGCGACUCCUGAUGCACUUGUGCAUUGUGCAUGUUGCGGGAAAGGAUGUGUGGAGAUUAAAUGCCCUUUUAAGCACCAGGACCAUGACAUUCAGCAGGCAUGUACUGACAAGGAGUUUUGUCUGCAGUUCACAGAAGGAAGGAUGGAGUUGAAGCAGACCCACAAGUACUAUAAACAGGUACAAACCCAGAUCUUUGUCACAGAGUCACAUUUCUGUGACUUUGUUGUUUGGACGACCAGAAGCCUUGCAACGGUGCGUGUCAUGCCUGACCUAGAACUUUGGGAGACACUUUUGCCAACCGCACAAAUUUUUUUUAACACGGUGGUCUUACCUGAGCUUGUAGCCCAUCAUUACACUCAACCCCCACCCCCUGUGCCUUCAGCUGAGCAACCUGUGCCAUCAGCCGAUUCCCAGCCCACAGACAAACCCAAAAAACGAGCACACAACACAGUCAGAAAAACAUUGGCCACAUUACAGCCAGAUAGAACACCCAAGCACAAGGUUGUCCCAUCAGCCCCUACCAGCACCCCCCCUUCAGCUGACCUACCUGUGCCAUUAUUUCAUUCACAGCCCACAGAAAAAAAUCAAAAAACGAGCACGAAAAAACACAAUCAAAACACCAUUUGCCACACUUACGCCAGGUAACACUCCCCAGCCCAAAAGAUGGGCAUGUGAAAAGGCUGUGUUGUGGUGCCUUUGCAGACAGCCUGAAGAGCUUGAUGACAUGGUUGCUUGUGAUAAUCAGAACUGUCCUAUACAGUGGUUCCAUUUAGGUUGCGUAGGAUUCAGCAGCGCACCUUCCAGAGAAGAGUUAUGGCAAUGCGAUGCUUGCACAUGUCAGUGACUUAUCACCAACAACCUACCUCUUACACUCUUAAGACUCAGUAGAAAAGAUAACUGGAAAUGUAUAUGUAUAUAUAUAUAUAUGUUAAAUAUGUAAAGAAACUGGAAAUAAGUUGGCUUUUACUACUAUUUAAGUAAUGCAAAUGUGUUUGCAACCAAAUAACACUGAUUUUGCACAAUU